ACGUCACUACGCCGGAAGUGUUAGAAAGAUUAAAAUCCUCUUGAGUGACAGCAGCGGUUUGGUACAUUGUAUUUUUUUUGUCUUUCUGCAGGGAUGGAGGUGACACGAACAAAUUUCAAAGACAGUUUAAGCACUGUGUACAGCGCAAUAGAGGAAGCAGACUUUCUCGCAAUCGAUGGGGAAUUUUCAGGUAUUAGCGAUGGGCCCAACGUCAGCGCACUGACUAACGGGUUGGACACGCCAGAGGAGCGCUACAUGAAGCUAAAAAAGCAUUCCAUGGACUUCUUGCUGUUUCAGUUUGGACUAUGUACGUUCACAUAUGACCAGGCAGAGUCCAAGUAUGUCAUCAAGACUUUUAAUUUUUAUAUAUUCCCAAAGCCGUUCAACAGAACCUCCCCAGACACCAAGUUCAUCUGCCAGAGUUCCAGCAUUGACUUCCUGGCCAGUCAGGGUUUUGACUUCAACAAAGUGUUCCGUCACGGGAUCCCGUACCUGAACCAGGAAGAGGAAGUGCAGCUGCGGGAGCAGUAUGAGGAGAGGCGGAGUCAGAGUAACGGCUCAGGAAACCCCUCCUACAUCUCCCCCAACUCAAACAAAGGCCCCGGCAGCAUCCCCGAGGAGCACAGGGAGUACAUCGGACGGGUGGUAGAGAAGGUGGAAUCUCUGUUCACUACCUCAGAGAAGACUGUGGACCUAGAGCCCUGCACUGGGUUUCAGAGGAAGCUGAUCUACCAGACUCUCAACUCCAAGUUCCCAAAAGGUCUUCAUGUGGAGACCUUGGAGACAGAGAAGAAAGAGCGUUACAUCCAGAUCAGCAAGGUGGACGACGAGGAGCGGAAGAGGAGAGAGCGGCAGAAACAGGAGAGAGAACAGGAGGAGCUGAAUGACGCUGUGGGAUUCUCCAGGGUCAUACACGACAUCUCCAAAUCUGGAAAGUUGGUGGUUGGCCACAACAUGCUCCUGGACGUCAUGCACACCAUCCAUCAGUUCUACUGCGUACUGCCAGAGGAGCUGAAUGACUUUAAAGAGGUCACUCAGUGUGUCUUCCCCAGGCUGUUGGACACCAAGCUCAUGGCCACUACGCAACCGUUCAAGGAGUUGAUCAACAUCACGUCUCUAGCAGAGCUGCAGAAACAGCUGAAAGAGAGCCCCUUCAAAUCUCCUACAGUUGUGACGGCGGAGGGGUUCCCCAGCUACGAUACAGCCCAGGAACAGCUCCACGAGGCGGGCUACGAUGCCUUCAUCACUGGUCUCUGCUUCAUCUCCAUGGCCAACUACCUCGGUACUUUCCUGACUCCCCCCAGAGCCCACAUCCCAUCCCAAUCGAAACUCAUCCAACCCUUCGUCAACAAACUGUUCCUGAUGAGGAUCAUAGAUAUUCCCUACCUCAACCUCAGCGGACCAGACCUCCAGCCCAAGAGGGAUCAUGUUCUGUACGUCACCUUCCCUAAGGAGUGGAAGACCAGUGACCUCUACCAGCUGUUCAGUGCCUUUGGUAACAUCCAGGUGUCGUGGAUUGAUGACACGUCAGCGUUUGUGUCUCUGAGUCAGACGGACCAGGUUCAGAUCGCGAUGAACACCAGUCGCUACGCGGAGAGCUACCGUAUCCAGACGUAUGCCGAGUAUGUCCAGGGCAGGCAGCAGGUCAGGGAGAGCCAAGGCCAUUCUACCCAGUCCUGGGACGAGGACGGCUGGGUUAAACCGCACUACACCUCCCCCUCUACAGUUGGUGCUGGUCCUACUGGCUACAGCUACGGUCACAACAGGCCGUCGCUGGGGAAACGCUGCGUCAGUCCAAUCCAGGAGGAGCAGCCUGCGGAGGGAGAGGCUCAGAGAUCACACGCUGACGGAUGGAGUGGCUACACGCACUCUCACACACACUCCGACACGGGCAGCAAGAAGAUCAGACCGAGUGUGUGUGUACGGACGUAUGCAGGAGUCGUGGACAGUAGGACGUCAGAAGGCUGGCUGAAAACUCAGUCCGAGUCUGAUUCGUCGAGCAUGAGUCCGAUCCAGGAAGAGGCGGGGUCGGAGGCGGGAGACGACGCUAGUGAUCCGGCGGCGGGCGAAUGGCAACAGCAGCCUUCAACCAAUCAGAGCAAGAAGAGCCGCAAGAACAACAGGAAGAGGAAGACUGAUGGUGCAGAGACGACGUCUUCUCUGUUCGACGUUCCUCAGGUCUGGUAGCGAUGGAACCCGAGCUCCUGGCUCCUUACCACCUGGGUUCCUACUUCCUACCCCUGGCCACUUGACUCCUACCCCCUAGGACCGGGUUUGGAACGAGGCCUGAAGUUUCAACCAGCUGCAAUUAUCUGACUGGCUGAGAGAAACAAAGCCAUAAAUCAUGAUAGGAGUCCUCAGCAUGUGGUAUAGCAGGAUAUUAUUUAGGAAAGAAAAAACGGUCCCAAAUGGCACCCUAAUCCGUAUAUAGUACACUACUUUUAACUACGGCCAAUAGAGCUCUGGUUCAAAGUAGUGCACUGAGGAUUGUGUCUCCUAAAUGGCAC